AUGUUCUCGGAGACGACGCUGGGGUCCCUGGUCUGGGUGCUCGUGGCCGGCGUCCUGCUGGCGCUGCCGCCCGGCGCCGACGCCCUGAGGCCCGGCAGGCGGCCGCCGCGGCCGCGGGGCUGCGCGGACCGGCCGGAGGAGCUCCUGGAGCAGCUGUACGGGCGGCUGGCGGCGGGCGUGCUGGGCGCCUUCCACCACACCCUGCAGCUCGGGCCGCGCGAGCAGGCGCGCAACGCGAGCUGCCCGGCAGGGGGCAGGCCCGACCGGCGCUUCCGGCCGCCCACCAACCUGCGCAGCGUGGCGCCCUGGGCCUACAGAAUCUCCUACGACCCAGCCAGGUAUCCCAAGUACCUGCCAGAGGCCUACUGCCUGUGCAGGGGCUGCCUGACUGGGCUCUUUGGGGAGGAGGACUUCCACUUUCGGAGCACCCCAGUCUACAUGCCCACAGUCAUCCUCCGGCGGACAGCGGCCUGCGCAGGGGGGCGCUCAGUGUACACCGAGGAGUACAUCACCAUCCCUGUGGGCUGCACCUGCGUCCCGGAGCCAGAGAAGGACACAGACAGCAUCAACUCCAGCAUGGACAAGCAGGGUGCUAAGCACCCACUGCACCCCAGCAACAAGCCAGGCCAGCCCUGAAGCUGGGGCCCUGCUCCUUCUCCAGGCUCCCUGACUUGCUGGGCCUGUUCAGCAACUUCAGAGGAGAGACAUGAAGAUGCAAGAGUGAAACAAACACAACUAAGCUGGAGAGGGCUUCACAUCAGCGAUACAUGGUGGGUCAGUCAUGGUGGGUCAGUCUCACUGCAGCCCCUGGUUUUUUUUUUAGGCCAAAAAAAAAAAGUCAGUUUGGAGCUGAUGAGCAAUGAACAUGCCUGGGCUAGCCACACGCCGGCUACUCAGCUUUGGGAGAGUUUAUUAUUGCUUUUCAAGGGUCCACAUGACUGAUGUUGAGAGGAAACACUAUGUCCAGGUCUUCACUUUGUCUUUAUUUUAUGGUUGAAGUAGAUCUUUUGUGAAUACACUAACCAAGCCCAAUAGCAUCUUUUCUUUAUGUCUACGUCACUCCCGAGUGAAAUACACGGCUGUCGUAGCAGCAGUGGGCUUCUGCCUCCCUGUGUAUCUUCUCUGUUUCAGUUUGCUCUGGUCAGAAGCUCCACAGAGAACUUUCAACUUGUACUGAAUAUCAAUGGAAGUUGUAAAAACACAUUGCUGAAUAAAAUUCAAAUUUUCCAAAUAAAAAAUUCAAAAUUGAAAGCAAUAGCUGCAGAUACAUGAGAAAAAAAAAUGUUAUUCCUGCUGGUGGUAAAUCUGGAAUUGUUUUUGUCCAGAAAAGAGAAGCUUCAGAGCAGCUUUUUGUUGCCAGUUCAAAUUAACAACAAUAACAAAAAAAUCCAUAAAUUAAAAACAAAAAUGCCCUUUCAAACUAGUGAUUUGGGUAAUUGUUUCAAUCAUUAUCACUGUAACAUUUCCAAACACUCCUCGAAUAUAAAUAGUGCAAACAUCAGAGAGCUAGGAAACCAUUUGCAUGGGGAAAAUACUACUCUCUUAUUAAUUAUAAUUAAUAAUUAUCUUAUUGAACUACGUUUUUUAAAAGGAAACGUAUUUCCAGUGGAAGAAAUCAGCUUUCUACUCUGCCAUCUAGAAAGGGAAUUUUUAUUUGUGCUUUUUCUCUGAAUGGAACAUUCAUCCAUUUAAUGAGAUUGAGCUCGCCCUGUUCUGUGAGCCACGGUCUCCAUCCUCACGCCAGCUACAAACUGCGGUCAUUGUCAAGGCAGAGCUCACUGUUCUCAGUGCACCUCCUUGCACCGAGGACAUAUUUCUGUGAAUCAGGGCAACAUUUUUCUCACUUAUAACAUGAGAUGGCAUCACCCACCUCACAGUCAUUGUGAGGACCAGACACCCAGCAUUGUGCCACACAACAUAGGGAUUAAAAUACAUUGGAGCAGCUGGCUCCAUCACUCAGGGGUUAGGACACUGGUCUUACGUGUUAAUAAGCUACAUUUUACAUAAUUAUCAAGCUGUUGUUUUUUCAUAUUUGGUUAUUGCUUUAGCGCCAAAUUUCACUUAAAAGUGACUUUUUUUUAUUUAAAGGCAAGUGACAAAUGAAACCUAUCACUAAGCAGCAGCAUUAGUGUGGCAAUCUAGUAUGGGAAGAUACUUUUUCAAUGAAUAAUAGGACUUUAUUGUGACAGAUUUUGUGUUUCUUUUUUAAAGAUUUAUUUAUGCAUGCAAGAGCUGGGGUACAGGUCUGAAGUGUGGGGGGUAAGAGGACUCACCAAAAACAGAGCAGGGAACAGAACAGGCAGAUUGACCAAAGUACACUGCUGAGGGGCGCAGUGGAUGAGUCAGGAGAGGUCUGCUGCACCAUGUGGGUAGCUCCCUGGCCAACUGGGGACCGAACUCAUACUGCAGGGGCUGUGGACAGCUUCACAGGUUGCGUCCUAACCCCUUGCGCCACCAGGGAGACCCCCAGAUUUUGUUUUCUCAUUAAAACUAAACAUUUUUUGGAGAGGGGAGGGGUUGGUAUUGUGUUUCAUCAAACAAAUGGGAGUUUACUGGCUAGAGAAAUUAUGCUAGCCAAAGCUCAGCAACAUCAUUUUUCCCCUGUUCUCAGUAACUUUGCUUAUUAUUCCACACAGUUAGCAUAGCUGCCUCAUUGACAUGGGCUGUCAAUUCCUAGGCGUUGCAGAGUAGCAACACUGUAGUAGUGCACAUUGGGUGGAAGUACCUUGUUGAAGAUUUUGUCCAAACCACAGUAUUUCUAUGCUUGCUUUAAACAAACAAGAAACAACCAGAAUCAUUAAGGAAACGCAAUCACAAAACAUUCUCACAUACCUGCUAUUUCAUGUUCAGGCACCAAUUACCCAAACUUCUUUUACUAAUUCUCUUUCAGGAAGGCAAAAGUAAAAAGGGUGAUUGUUUAGUAACUAGUUCCUGCCCUGGUGUUUGGGAAAGAAUAUGAAAUUCUGUAAGCAGCGGGGUUUAAAGUCACCCAGACGUUUUGUUCUUACUGCCCCCCACCACCUCUUCCUCUCCCCAAACAACUGAACUGUAUGGAAAUUUUUAAAUUGUCAGCAAAAGUGAAUUAUUAUCUUUCCCUUCCCACUCAUAUUAUGGUUAUUUUGUCUUAGUCCAAAUAUGAAUUAGGGAGGACUUGCCUCACACCCAGGUGUCCUCACCCCAUCUCCUGAAUCGGCAGGAGAACACCUGGCCUCGCACACCUUUUAGGAUGUUGCAGAUCCUAAAAUUUAGAAGUGGAUCAUGUAUGAAAAAGGUUUGCUAUAAUUGAAAUCAUGUCAGGAGUCUAGAGCAAUAAAACAACAUGCUGACUGCUUAUGAAAUAAAAAUGAAGUCAAUUAAAAU